AUGGAUCGCUACACGCCCGAGCUCUCGAUGCUUCGCCUGAAGCGACGCCGAGACGACGACGUCCUGUCCAGCAGUCGCCUUCCGCGAGCGAAGAAGGUCGCGUAUACUCCAACAGGUAUUUUCCACUUUAUGCGUCUCUCAGCAGAGCUCCGCAAUCAAAUCUACGAGUACGCUGUCGCAGAGGUACCCUCUCAGCUACUCACACCAGUCCAUGGACCUCGUGAUCACGGCGCCGCAGGCAUCGCGCUGACACAAGUCUCCCGCCAAGUAACUUAUCAUGUACGUUCCGAGUACCGACCAAUGUGGCUUGAACGCGCCGAGUUCGUCAUUGAUUGGCACUCUGUCCACGCAUUCCUCGAGAGCUUCUACCCGAACGAAGAAGAGUAUGGAAGCGGUCCCAAGAAUCUCAUCAUCCAGUAUGAGACGGCUUUCGACUGCACGCUCGAUCGACCAACGGAGAUCAUCCAUCUAGUGCGAUUGGGCUUGGCCUUCAAGGGACUAGAAGUACGCAUUAUCCAUUUCGAUGAUUGUGCUCCUGCCGGAGUCUCCAUCACCAAGCUGGUACAGUAUGGUGGUUUUACACGUCUCGAAACUGAAGACACUGCGCUAGUCAAGGAAGCGAAGCGGAAGUGGCGCGUUGCUGUCCAGGAGUACGAGGUGGAGAGUGUAGCCAUCACUAUGCAAUAUCCGGAAGAAGCCGUGGAUGUUCAAGUUAAGUUCAGCGAGCAGCUCGCCUCAACGACGGGUACUACCGAUCUUGACGGCCUAUGGGACGAGAUCAUGGUUAUCGUGUCCUAUACCAGCGCUGUUGGCGACGCGCUCGCAGCCAUGCGACUCCACGAUGCUCCAAUCACCUCCGGGUCGACCAAUGGACACCACUUCCGCUUCUUAGACCUCGCUGCAGAACUUCGGAACCGCAUCUAUGAAUACGCUGCCGAGGCACCGCCGCGCAACAUCAUACCCAAGCCUGGCAACCCACCCACCAUCAGUCUCACUCAAGUCUGCCGACAAAUUCGCGAUGAAUUCAGGAAGAUCUACAUGCAAAACCUCCCCUUCACAGUCAGAGGCAAGGACAUCAAGGGUUUCACGAACGCGUUCUUUGCGUCGGGCCAUACGAACCAGCGGGUACUCGAUGGGCAACGCCCCACGCGCGUCAUUUACCUUUAUCCGCCUUUGAGGAAUGUGGACAUAUUACCUCUCCUGGAAGUUAAGAUAGCGUUCCCGCAAACCGAGAUCACCGUCAUCCCCGAUCCUGCAGAUAUCGAAGAGCAUUUCUAUCCCCCCUUCAGUCCCCUCCCAAAAUGGCCCACGACCCUGUCAGCAGGCGCGACCGCGGAGAUCACUUUCGUUUCCUGGAUCUACCAGCAGUUGCGCAAUCGUAUCUAUGACUUCGCUGCUGAGACCGAAGCCAACCAACCUCGCUGCGUACUGCCAUGUCUUGCGCUUGCGCAGAGCUGUCAACAGCUUCGUACCGAGUAUCGAUCUAUCUGUCUGAAGCGAGACAUCGUCAUCGAUUGGAAGGCGGUUCCCGGUUACAUGCGCACCUUCUUCCCCACCGUCAACGGCAAGAUCGAGAAUGUUGAGCUUGCACCAGCGAACAUGACCAUAGUCACUCCAUGGCGCGGCAAGGCGGAGGAUACGGGUGAUGAGCUUGACUUACUACCGUUGGUCAAAUUUGGCCUCUGUAGACCAAACUUCGCCUGUCACUUCAUCCACGACACGAAAAUCCUGGAACGUGCCGAGAAAGAGGCAGAUACAAAUCCACAUAGUGAUGGACGUAAUUUCAGAGGCUACAUCAAUGAAGACACCGAGGCUCUAGAAGGGAUGAUGCGCAGUCGUAACCCAAAUUGGCUGUCCGAUAUCGAAACCGGUGUUAUUACCAAGCUCGUUGCUUUCAAUCUCGGCGUUAGCGAUCCGCCGCAAGCAACGUUCUACAUGAAACCGUCGUCAUCCGCCUGGAAAAUGUAUGAUGAAAGCAACGAAGAAAACAUGUUCAUGGAGUUCUACUUCGAACGUAUCGGUGUCGAUGAAGUUUGGGGAGUCGUCAGAGAAUUUGAGAGGUUUCCUGAAAUAAAGUUUGAGUGA